AUGGGCAGGGCCGGGGCGGCCGGGGCGCGCCAGGCCCCCGGGGGCCCGGCGGGAGCGCGGGGCGGCCGGCCGAGGCCCAACCCCAACCCGUUCGAGGUGAAGUUCAACCGGCAGAAGUUCCCGGUGCUGGGCCGCAGGACGCGCCACGACGUGGGGCUGCCCGGGGUGUCGCGCGCGCGGGCCAUCCAGAAGCGCAUGCAGACGCUGCUCAGGGAGUACAAGGAGAGGGACAAGGCCAGUGUGUUUGCGGACAAGCGCUUGGGGGAGUACGACAGCGGCCUCACCCCCGAGGAAGCGAUGACGAAGAGGUUUGCGCUGGAGCAGCAGCGACAACAUGAAAAAAAAAGUAUCUACAACCUGAACGAAGAUGAAGAGCUGACCCACUACGGCCAGUCUCUGGCAGACAUGGAGAAGCACAAUGACAUCGUGGACAGCGACAGCGACGUGGAGGACCGGGGGACGCUGUCGGCCGAACUGACCGCAGCCCAUUUUGGAGGUGGCAGCAGGCUCCUUGCUAAGAAGGCCCCUCAGCAGCAAGGCAAGGAGGCCGAGAAGCCAAAAUCACGCAAAGAACUGAUUGAGGAGCUCAUCACAAAGUCAAAGCAAGAGAAGAGGGAGAGGCAGGCGCAGAGAGAAGACGCCCUGGAGCUCACGGAGAAGCUAGACCAAGACUGGAAAGAGAUCCAGACUCUCGUGGCACGCAGAACGCCCAGGCCAGAGGGCAGCAACAAAAAGGAGAAGCCCAAGCCUGAUGCGUACGAUGUGAUGGUGCGUGAGCUCGGCUUUGAGAUGAAGGCGCAGCCCUCUAACAGGAUGAAAACCGAAGAGGAACUGGCCAGGGAGGAGGAGGCGCGGCUGCGGGGCCUGGAGGCUGAGCGGGUGAGGCGCAUGCUGGGCCAGGACCAGGAUGCGUGCGCCAGGAGACCCCCCCACGCUUCGGCCGAUGACCUGAGUGACAGCUUCGUCCUCGAUCACGACGACAGGCGUCUGCUUUCUUACAAGGAUGGAAGGAUGGACGUGGAGGAAGAGCCAGGCCAGGAUGCCAGUGACGGCGAGAGAGAGGAGCAGGGGGGCGAGGACUCGAGCGAGGACGACGCAGAGCAGAGCAGUGGCCCGGACAGCCACUCGGACUUGGACUCGGACCUGGACUCGGACGCAGAGAGCGAGGAGCGCGGCGAGGCGCCCAGGGGGAGCGUGCCUGGCGAGGACCCUGGCGCUCGGGCUGCGGCCGGCACAGAGCUGCCCUACACAUUCGCAGCUCCCGAGUCUUACGACGCUCUGAAGUCUCUGCUGUCGGGACGACCCCCGGAAGAGCAGCUCCUGGUGGUGGAGAGAAUCCGGAAGUGCAGCCACCCCAGCCUGGCAGUGGGGAACAAGGCCAAGUUAGAAAAACUAUUCGGCUUCCUCCUGGAGUACGUUGGAGACCUGGCUACGCGCGACCCGCCAGACCUCACAGUCAUCGAUAAGUUGGUUGUGCAGCUGUACAGCCUCUGCCAGAUGUUCCCCGAGGCCGCGAGCAGCGCCACGAGGUUCGUCCUGCGUGACGCCAUGCACGACGUGGAGGAGCUGGUGGAGGCCAAGGGCCGGGCUGCCUUCCCGGGGCUGGAUGUGCUCGUUUACUUGCGAAUUACUGGGCUGCUGUUUCCGACCUCUGACUUCUGGCACCCCGUCGUGACCCCUGCCCUGCUGUGCAUGAGCCAGCUGCUCACCAAGUGCCGCGUGCUGGGCCUGCCUGACGUGGUGAAGGGGCUCUUCGUGUGCUGCACCUUCCUGGACUACGUGUCUCUGUCCCGGAGGCUCAUCCCCGAGCUGCUCAACUUUCUGCUCGCCGUCCUCCGCAUGGCAGCCCCCGGCGGGCCAGGCCAAGGUCGCCCCCCAGCACACCCUGUCAAGGCCCUCGGGAAGAGCGCGGAGCUGCUCUUGGUUUCGGAUGACGAGGACGUGGCCACGUGGCAGCGGAGCAGCCUUUCCCUCCAGUGGGCGAGCGGCCUGAGGGCCCAGACGAGGACGGAGGCCAACCACGCCAGGCUGUCCUGCCUGGCCGUGUGCCUGGACCUGCUGCGGCGCUGCGCGCUGACCUACGGCCCGCUGCCCGCCUUCCACGACCUCACCCAGCCCCUCCGGGCGCUCCUGGAGCAGCACCUGGCGCGCGGCGUGCGCCCCCCGGAGCUGCAGGCGCUGUACCGGAGCGUGUUGGCGGAGAUGCGCGCCCAGGAGCGGCGCUACCGGCCGCUGGUGUGCGCGAGGAGCCGGCCCGCGCCCCUCAGGCUCUUCACGCCGCGGCUGGUCAGAGUCCUGGAGUCCGGGAGGAGGCAGGGGGGCAGCCGCGAGGAGCAGGAGCGGCGGCGGCUGAUCCACAAGCACCGGCGCGAGUUCAAGGGCGCGGUCCGCGAGAUCCGCAAGGACAACCAGUUCUUGGCGCGCGCGCAGCUCGCCGAGGCCCUGGAGCGGGACGCGGAGCGGCGGCGGCGGGUGCAGCGGCUGGUGCAGAGCCUGGCGGCGCAGGAGGGCGAGUGGAAGGCGCUGAGGAGGAGAAAGUCCAAACAAUAAACGCGUUUCCCACAGGCCGGCUCCGGCUCUCCCUGC